GCGGAGGCGGGCGGUUUAGAUUGGAGUCGGGUAUGAGCGAGCGUCGCAGCGGCGGCUCGGUAGCGGCGGUGCGGUGUUGAUGCAGGAACAGCACGCUGCUAUGGGCGAUACGGAAGAAGCCCAAAUGCAGAUCAGCCCCGAAACUCCUGGGCGGGUCACAGUCCUGAAUCCUUUCGAAAGUCCCAAUGAUUAUUGCACCCUUCAGGAGCAGAUUGUCUCCAGUCCUUCCGUCUUCAAAUCAACAAAAUCUUCAUCUACACCAGGAAAAUUUAGAUGGUCUAUUGAUCAGCUUGCUUUAAUAAAUCCUGUGGAAAUUGACUCAGAAGAUAUCCGACGCCAAGCAAUGUAUUUGAGUCACGCUAGAAUUGAUAAGGAGACAGAAGAGAGGAGGCAGAAAGCCAUUGAGGAGUUUUUCACAAAGAGUCUCAUAGUUCCUUCUCCUUGGACUGAACAUGAAGGCAAGCAAGUUUCACAGUUUAAUUCAACAAAAUCCAUAGAUCUAAAUAACAUUUCUCCAAUUGGAAGACAGCUAACUUUGCCUGGGAAAACCAAUGCUGCUUGUCAAACAGUACUGUCUUUGCCAGUAGAUUUUAAUUUAGAGAAAAUCUUAGGCGAAUAUUUUAGAACUGAUGAAUUAGCAGAUCAGUCUCAGGAAAAUCUGAGCUCUUCAUCACUCCGAAGAAAGCUUUUUUUGGAAGAAAAUGGAAACAUAUCUGAAUGUUUGACCCCUUCUCUGCAUAAUCCAUGCAGUAGUCAGCCACUUGGAGUGCUUUGCUCAAUAGAUAUAUCUCCAGUUCGGUGCAGAAGCCCCCUGGAAACAUCUAGUUCAGGUCAGUUUUCAUCCAGCCCUAUCCAGGGAGGAGCAAGGACUUACAGUCUGGGAAGUAUUACCAGUCCCUCAUUUCCAGAAGGCUCUCCUGCACGUAAUGGUUCUCCUACUUUUUCACCUAUUGCUUUUCAUAUAAGACAUACACCGCUGUCAGACCAAAGAAAACUUGCAUUUUGUUCUCCAGAUAUUCCUUCUGUCUCAAAUAGAAUGACACCUGCAAAUACAAGAAGUCCUUAUAUAGAUGGUUGUUCUCCAAUUAAAAACUGUUCUCCAAUGAGGCUUGGAGGGUGUAGAGGAACUGCCCAGUACCAAACUUCUGUCAUUAGAAUACCAUUUGCUGUUGAAAAUCACGAUGAGGAUGAGGACAAGGAAAAUGCUUCUCCGGCAGAAGCGCGGUUCCCAGAAGUGGAAAAUGGAAUCAACUUCUGUCAGCAAGACGGCGACACCUUUGCACCUGGUACACAUCUCGUCGUUGCAACGGUGUCUAUCACACCAGAUCAUUCGGAAGCUUGUCAUCAAAGGUUGUCAUCCUAUCAGGAUAUAGAAGGCUUGAAGGAAAAUAAUACUGUAGAUAUGGCUGAUGCAGCUGAAGUGUCCGAAAACACUUGGAUAAAAGAAACAAUUGGCAGUAGCAGUGCACCAAUGACCAGCUUUAUGACAGGGAUUACUUUCAGUAUUGAAAACUCUCGCAUGUGCAUGUCACCUCUUGCAGAAAGUAGUGCAAUUCCGUGUGACAACAGUAGUAUUCAGGUGGACAGUGGCUAUAAUACCCAGACGUGUGGGAGCAGCAUCAUGGAUACUGCAGGAGCUGAAAACAGUUGCAGAGAAAAUGAUGUGAACACUAACACACUUCAGACUAAACCUCAACUUCCUAAGACAAAGGAGUGUUCUGUUUUAAACCACAAAGACAAUCAGUUGCUGGGAGCAAAAUCUCCAGAGAAGCAGUCCUGUUUCCAUAAAGUGAAAAUGCAUCAUGCAGUAUUUUGUCAAAGUGCGAGCUGUAACGUUUCUACCUGGAAACAUAAAAAUGAAAAUCAAAUUCAGGGGUUUCACACGAGUGGUAUGUAGUUCUGAUGGAGAACUUGAAUUGUGUUAUCCAAUAAAUGUUUAUAUAUGUGACCCCAUUUGCCUGGAUUGUACAAACUGUCUUGUUUUUCCUGAUGGAAACAUAAGUUGAUUAAUAUGUGGGGAGUUUUUAACAAAUGUGAUUUUUUUGGAGAUUUUUAAUAAAACUUAUUGGUACUAUUAAGUGAUUGUUUUGAAAAUCAAGGAAGUUGAACUCUGUACAAAUCAUUGAGGUUUUUUCCUACCCAUUACCACUCUGCAGAGGCUUGUUGUUUUCAAAGUCUGGGUAUAACUUCAGCUUUAAGAAGGAGCUGCAAAAUGUGCACAACUCCUACAGACCUGAGGGAAGUUUCUCUUUGGGAGAGAAAGUAAGCAGUGUUAGUCUUGAUUUGAAUUGCUUUCUUCCUUGGCAGAUUUGUGUGGCUUGGUACCAAGAACACAGAUAGAGAUUAAGUGGAAAUGUGAUGGGAGUAGGGCUAGGGAAACAGGAAUGGGAUUGGAGUCUCGAUCUAAAAAGAAAUUAAACUCAGCUGUGACUUUCAUUAGCAACAUGUGUGUUUUACAACAGAUUGCAAACCAUUUAAAAUGGGUGCUUUUGAUUUUAAUGAUGCCCCGUUAGUCCUUCACAUAUUUUCCUUGUGAACAGCUGCAUGAAAACUCCAUUACAAUUAUGGAAAUAAUGUAUCUUUUUUUCCAUAGUUAAAUCUUAAUUGCUUCUAGUGAUAAGAUGAGCUUUGUGUCUAAAGAAUCCUUUCCAUUCUUUGAGCAGGCUUUCUCUUGGUUUGACAGAAAUCAAGAAAAAGGAUAAGUGGCAGAAAUUCCUUUACAGGAAAACAGAAUCCCUUCCUUUCAGUCAAACAACUUAUUAAGGAAAGUGUGCAUCCAUCCGUUACCUGUACCAAAUGCUUAACUAAGAUGUACUACUCAGUACUUCCAAUUAAAUGAUUGUGUUACUUCAGAGUUGCAUUACUACUGAUGUUGAAGAUGAUUACCAGGCUAGCUAAUGUCUAGUAAGAACACUUGUGUCCAAACUGAUGCUCCUAGCAUCCUUUCAAAGGAACAAAGAAGGUGCAUAAGAUUAAGUGGUCUUAGGAUGUCCUUAAUGGAAUGGUGCAGCCUUUCUUGUAUUGCAGUAGACAACUGUAGUUUUACUUUCCCCUUAUUUGUUUCCCAAUUGUACUGCCUGCUGCAGAAAUGACCAAAAUAUUUAGGUAAGUAUUUUGACAUGUAAUUUCGAUAUGCCAAUUUCUGCCAAAACUAUUAGUUUUUAAAAAUCUCAUGAUAUCUUCAAUGGAAAAAAAGCCACUACUGAACAGCGGGAAUAGAAUGAGGAAGUCUGGAAGCUGAGAAUUCCUUUUGCAUUAUCAAAUGAGAUUUAGUUAAAUUGGAUUGUAUUUGCUUAAAAGGUUAUUUUCAAAUUAAUUUCUUGUGAAGUAUGGCAUUCUUCCAGCCCUGCUGACUAAAAAGGAGAUUGAAAGGGAAAUACUGUAAGGGAAAUACUGAAAUGUCUGCAUGUGUAGAGCUCUGAAGUAAACCUUUGUGGAUUAUUUAGAAUAUGUUCCAGUGGUUGCUCCAGCUGAAGUAGUGCUUGUUUCUUCUAGUAGCAAGGAUAACCAAUUCCAGGCUGCUGCAUGGAAAUAUGCUUCCAAUUCUGAGCAGCAGCUCCCAGAAGGGCCUGUCUCAAAGUGACAAAUGCACGCUAUUGGCACACUGAGCCUGAAAUAGUUGGUCAUGUCUAAAUGUCAAGGGGACUGGAAAACAUGUUAAAAAUUUGCAAUAUGAACAGAAUUGCAUAGCAUUACAAAGCAAUGGAUUAGAAUUGGGACUUCUGUGCAGCCGCUGUAUGAAUGGAACAAUUCCUGAAAAACUUUGAUCAAUGAUUUUACCAUAAAGAGUUGCUGAAAAAAAUACACUUAAAAGAGAAACUUCUAUCAAUUAAACAGUAUUUGGUUUUAGUUCUCACAUUUCAUAAUCAAUACGUCUAAUUAAAAAAUAAAAACCUUCAGGUUUCUAACCAGUGAACACAACACACAAAUUGUUACAGAAGUAAAAAAAAUAAAAAAUAAAAAAUAAAAAAAAAUUCAGUACUACAUACCUAGCAAUAACUUGAACCUAAUGUCCUGAGUGCACUGCUUGAUAAACUUGAAGCAGUGCCCUGCUAAAAGGUGAACUGCACUGAAUGAUUACUUAUAGAGGAUUUUUUUCUUUUUAAUAAAAAUUAAUUUGGACAUUUGGGAAAUUGCAUGUUUAGUGGGGCAUCUGAAAUGAGCCUCAGAUGAUAAGGUUUGAAGCUCAAAGACUAGACAACUUAUUGUCAACUUAAAAUAUAUUUAUUAUCUUGUCUUUUCUGUUUCUAAUGAUGAUUUUUAAGAAUGAGUUGGAGUGCUGAAUUGUAGAUUUUUGGAAUGUGCAAAGGAUUUAUUUUUUUAAGUCUGAUCACCAAAAAAUAAUAGUAUAGUGAGUAUAGGUAAGAAGCAGGGCUGUCCAUAUCGUAAUCAUUUAUGAACUGUAUAGUAUGUAUGAUUAAGACUUGUUUUCUUUUAAUUAAAACUUGUGAUUCUUUGUAAUGCUGUGUUCUAUUACCAGAGGUUUUUAAAGUAACUGCAGAUUAAAACAGACACAAAAAUAAAAGCAAUCCCUAAGAUGCUUGAUUGUACCACAUCCAAGUAUUUCCUUAAAUGCAAGGGGAAGAUAACACCAGAAAUGGUUGUACAUGUGAAAUAAGACAUUCCUUUACCCCAGUGAAAUGUUAUCUUCUGUCUUGUUUCAGACUUCAGUCUGAAAUCCAGAUUUUAUGAAAACUUGCAAAUAUGCUUUGUAUAAUUGUUUUGUGGAAGAAACCUACAGUACAGAUUACCAUGGAAAUCAUUCUGUUUUUGUAGUUGUACUUCCUGCGUUGUUUGGCACAUGUUGCACAAAACAGUCCUUGUUUACAUUAAAUAGCUUUUAAAAAAGAGUCUUAUAACAUGAAUAGUUGUAAAUUGAGUAGUAAAACAGAAUAAAGACUUGUCUUCAAUAGCUCACUUGUUUAGUGCUUUGG